AUGCUCAGUGAAUCUAGCGCACCCUCCAACAACGGAGAAACACCGAAGCUCCGAACUGCCUGUGAAAACUGCAGGCAGUCAAAAGUGAAGUGCAAUCUGACCGAGAAGGAUACGUGCAUUCGCUGCCUCCGCCAUGGGCUCCUGUGUCGUUACCGAGCCGCCAACCGGUCCGGCAAGCCCAAGGGGAGCAAGAAUCGGUCUACGCUUCGGAAAUUGGGACAGUUGCAGGAGAGCAAGCGUACAUUUACGUCGAGCGAUCGACUGGCCAAGAAAAGCAUAGAGGCUAUACCGAGUCCGCGCUUCACGCGCAGCGAUACCGACAUGGUAAUUUUGCUCUCAUCUGAUAUUGCUCCGUCGUCUUACACGGAGUACCCUUCGCUCUACCCGGACUCAAUGGCCAAUAGUCCCUGUGCGGCUUCAAUGUCACCGACAUUUCUUCAGAAAGAGUUCAUCACAAAAGGGCUAACCACGUUUCCUCUCGCCGUUCACAUCCCGAGUGUGCUACGACCAACAUGUGACUGCGCAGAAACCCUAGUUUUCUAUCACGACAAUCUCCGGCAAAUGGUUGUUAACCCGGGGCAGCUGCGGUUCGACCAGAUGCUCCAAGGAGUGCAGGCAGCACUCUCGGUAUGUCGUGGGCUCUUGCAGUGCCCCAGCGGACACAAGGACAACCACAGCGCCAACGACACAAGUUUAAUUCUCUGCAUGUCUACUAUCGAGAUCACCUUCCAAUUGCUGGACUUCUGGACUACGUACGAUUUCAUCCCGCAAGCGAGGGAGGGUCCCCGUGAAACAGCGAGUUACGGCGAGUAUGAGAUGGGGCCAGACGAGGGCCGCCGGGUCCGCCGAUUCCUCAUCCGAGGGCGCAUCCUGCUCUGCAAGGAGACUCUCGGCCUUCUUAAAGGUGCGGCGGGGUUUAAGGAAGACGGACUGGGAGGAAGCUGGCUGCAACAGAUCACUGGGGGCUCGGAAGCGAUGGCCGAUAGUUUUCUCCAUGCCAUCUCGGAGGCAGACUGUAUUUGCAAUUUACCUAGCUACACCUAG